CCUUGUUUAACCAUGCACUUCUUUUUCCCAAAUUUGAAUUCUGAGAUAUAAACCUUAUAAAUACCUAGAUUUCAUCGGUUUCUCUCAUUCUCUCAUCAUUGUCAAAGCAAAAAGAAAAUGACUAGUGUCAAUAUAGUUUCUGAAGAUGGAAAGAAAGAACCGAACAUGAUGAGAAAGCGGAUGGAAAUAUUCAAAUUUUUUUUCCACAAGGAUAAACCUAAUUCUCACAUAAAUGACUCAAGUCAGACUUCGCCAUAUUUAACCAAAGCUUUAAAUGAGGACCGAUCAUAUGAGCUGUUCAAAAUCCAGCAGGAGUUGGAUGAGAGAAAGUUUAUCCUUAAAAAACAAAAUGAUAUUUUGCAAGUCCAAGAUAAGAAGAUGAAGAACCUAAGGGAGAAUAGCGAAGAUGUGAGAAGCAAGGCAUUUCUUUUGCAUAUGCUUGACAAGGAAACAAAGUGAACGAAUUCAGGAUGUACACCAAUUUGAAUACAUGUUUAUGCUAUGAGAUAUCAAGUUUAUAUUGUUACUAGAAUUUGUACCCGCGCACGCGCGGGAUUUUAGUUAUAAUUAUUUCUUAUCAGUAGAAAUUGUUG